UGCGGGCGGAGCCGUAAGGAGGGCUGCCCGGGAGAGAGCACGUGGACCCGCGAGCGCGCGCUCCCGCCGAGCCUGGUUCCUCUGCUGCCUCGCGCCGCCGGAGCAAUGGAGGACCCGAAGGCGCCCCCGGAGGAGAAGAAGGAGGAGGAGGAGAAGAAGAAGCAGGAGAGCGAAGGGCAGCGCGCGCAGCUGAAGCCGGAGCCCGGGGCGCGCGGCGAGGGGGAGCCCGGCUCCGAUUGGAGCAUCCCGCCCCACGCGCCCGCCUGCAUGGAGCGCCACCUGGAUGGGGCCCACUACCGGGCAGAUGGUUCACUGCUCCUGGGAGCAUCCAGCUUGAGUGGGCGCUGCUGGGUGGGCUCCAUUUGGGUCUUCAAGGACGCGUCCAAAGCUCCCAACGAAGGCUUUUGCUCUGCUGGAGUCCAGACAGAAGCCGGAAUUGCCGAUCUGAAAUGGGUUGCAGAUAAAGGCAUCUUGGUAGCUUCAGACUCAGGCGCUUUGGAACUUUGGGAGCUUGAUGAAAAUGAGACCUUGAUAGUGAACAAAUUUUGCAAGUAUGAGCAUGACAACAUUGUGACAACCGUGAGCGUCCUCCCCAACAACACACAAGCCAUCAGCGGAAGCAAAGACUUCAGUGUGAAGAUCUGGGACAUUCCGCAGCAAACAGUGCUCAACACCUACAGAGCCCAUACUGAUCAAGUGACAUGUGUGGCCUCCUGUCCUGGGAAGGACACAGUCUUCCUGUCUUGCGCUGAGGAUGGCAAGAUUUUACUCUGGGAUACAAGACUGCCAAAACCAGCAACUCGUAUAGCCUGCAGUGCCUCUAGCAACCUUCCUACCUCACUGAUGUGGCAUCCACAUCGAAGUGACACAUUUGUAUUGGGUGAUGAAAGUGGAACUGUUGCUCUUGUGGACACGAAAAAUGCAGAUCCUGUCUUUAGCUCAUCUGUGCACUCUCGGAGUGUCACGGCAUUUGCUUUUUCUGCACAUAGUUCACCUCUUUUGGCUUCCAUCAGUGAAGACUGCUCAGUAGUUGUUCUUGACUCUAGCUUUUCAGAAAUUUUUAGAAACCGCUCCCACCGAGACUUUGUGAAAGGCCUAUCAUGGUCACCAUUGAACAAAAGCUCACUGACAACAGUCGGAUGGGAUCAUCAAGUUCUACAUCACACAGUUCCAACACAGAAUAACCACCACUCUGGCAAAAACAACAACAUAACUGCAUAAUUUUAUAUGUUCUGUUUUGAAUUCUUAUCCCUGCAUAGCAUCCAUUUGUUCUUGAGUACUAGGGUUGGAUGUGGCCUUAUAGAGGAGAAUGGGUUUAUGUUAAAGAGCUAAAGUGGAAGGAAACCUUGCAGUAAUUUCUGCCAUUUUUUUCCAACUGGAAUUACAUUACAUGACUUAAAAGACAUAAGUAAUUUAGCCAAAAGAGUAAAUGAAUGUUGCUAAGAAGAUUGCAAUUUUGGACUUUUUUUGUUUAAAAGAAUUUUCUUUUGUCCCUUGAGACUCACUUUUCUCCAUCCCUGUUUAGGAUAUUUAUUUAGUCUAAACUACCCUGCCUUACAAAUGCAGUGCUUUGUGGUACAAAUAAUUGUGAUCUAUAAGAAGGACAAGUCUUGACCCAUUCGUCCUUGUCAAAUACAUGGGGAUUAGUUGUGGUACUGUAGGCUUGAUUUUUGUAUAUUAUCAGGGGAAUGCCUAGUAUGCAACAGAAGACACCCCUCUCCUGUACUGCUGCUGUUAUUUCUUCAGGGUUUCCAUCAUGGAAAGCUAGAACCUACUGGUGAUAUACCAGAUGAUUGCUCAGCUAGUUCUAUGUGUUUCCUUGGAAUUUUGUUUCUUGAACAUUACAUCUUCAACUCCCUAGGACUUCAGCAAUGCAAAAGGAAUUUGUGAUGUUUGGAUUUCUGCUGUUUCAGGGGAAAGAUGGGUGCAAAUGCAUCUUAAAGGGGAGGAGGGCACUAAUUCUUUGUAUCCUGGUACUAGGAUACAAAGAAGUAGCUCCUCCCUUCAAAAUGGGUUGUACUAGAAUGCAAAGAAUUAGCUCCUCCCUUCAUAUUGCAUCCUUGUACAACCCAUGUACUAGGUUGCCUCACGUUUUGAUUCUUAGCAUCUUAGUUCAGGUGAGGUCAUUUUGUGAACAUGUGUUGUAAUCUUCACCCCUAUUACAAGUCUGGGUGCACAAAUGUGCUUUGUUUUGCUGACUUGUGGGUUUAAAAUGUGAAUGACAGGUUAUUCCUGUCCAAAGAAAGUGAGAAGCUGCAACUGUUUUUUUGUUUUUAAGGUGGCUCUUAAUUUUCCCACCAAUUCUGAAGGGGGCUUUGCAGAUUUUGGAAAUGAGGCUGACUGGCUUGGAAAUGGGGUAAACAAAGAGUUAAUCUAUUCUAAAGCCUUGGCUUUGAUCUCUCCAUUUAGAUUGAAGAACACUUUCAAAUAAAAACAUACACAAUUUGGGGAGAAUGAGUUGAUCUGGCCAGUGGUUUUCAAAUCCUACAGGCCUACGUGUCAAAACUAAGUGUAAGUUUUGUGCACCAUCACCACCAGGGUUAUAGUAGAGAUGGCUGGUUAAGAAGCCAUUUUCCUAAAUAUGUGGCCAUUAGACCUUCAAGGACAGGGAAUCUGAAACUUAGGUGUUUGUAGAUUGAUGUAAUCGCUGUGUAAAAUCCAAAGUAUUGGUAGUGUCCACAACAGUUUCCUAGACUAGUAGUCUAGUUUGUUAUAUGUAUUUUCAUUUUUUAUUCACUUUAUUCACUCCCAGGAUCCAUGAAGGAGUAUUAGGUAUAUUGUGUGCAUGCCGAUGGUGACAUGUGGUUUUAUAAUGGGAUAUUAUAAGGAGACCUAUUGGAGUAGGGGUUUCCCCCUUGUCUGUGAUCUUCUGAAGAAAGGAAGACAAAUUUUGUCCUUGCUAGUUGGAAGCAAGUAUUACUCCAGGACUUUGUGAUAUAUGAAAUAAAUGGAGAUGACUACAUACAGAUGAGAGGGAGUUUAUGUUUUGUUUUUUU